GGCUGCCCCCGCCCCCGGGCCGCCAGCGGCCCCGGCCCGCCCCGCCCGCCUCCGCCAUGGCCCCGCUGCUCCGGCUCUGCGCCCUGGCGUUGGCCCUGACCCUGCUGCCCAGUGCCGCUGCCGCCGGUGCGCCGGUCGUGGCGGGAGAUUGUCACCAGUAUACAAACAGGACCUGUGAGGAGUGUCUGAAAAAUGUCACUUGCCUGUGGUGUGCCAGCAGUGGGAGGUGCGUGGACUAUCCCAUCCGAAGAGUCCUCCCCCCGGCCGACCUCUGUGACCUCCGCUCUGCACGCUGGGGAGUCUGCUGGGUGAACUUUGAAGCCCUGAUUAUUGCAAUGUCUGUGGUGGGAGGAACGAUCCUUAUCAUGUUGGGGGUCUGCUGCUGCUGCUGCUGUUGCAAGAAAAAGAGCAAAAAGCCAGACAAGGAUGACGAGAGAGCGGCCAGGGAGCGGGAGAGGAGGCGGGUGCGGCAGGAGGAGAGGAGAGCAGAGAUGAAAUCACGGCAUGAUGAAAUUCGAAGAAAAUAUGGCCUGUUCAAGGAAGAGAAUCCAUAUGCAAAAUUUGAGAAUUAGCACCUCCGGACCUGCCCACCCAGGUGAACAGUGCCUUCCUGUAGAGCUGCAGGACUCCAUGCUUCCUCCGCCAUGAGGAGACUGUUGUGGUGCCACUUCCCACUUCAGCUGCCACAGAAGAUGAGCCAAAUGCUUGGUGACACCAUUGUCCCCACUCCAGAUGCUCGGUUUGUUCCAGAGCUUUGCUCUUGAUCUGCUGGUGCAGGAAAAUGUGGUGGCAAUACUGCAGAACAGGUUUCUUCUCACUCACCCCUCAGUGGUAACAGAAUCCAAAGUAAUGCAAAUAACAGUCCUCGUCCCUGACUAAGGGCAAAAGCAACCUUAUGCAUCUUUCUUGCUCCUGCCUCGCCAAGUACCCUUCACACAUACAGAGCCAGGCUCUUCUGUUCACCUCCUUUCUUUUUUCUCUCUUUUUUUUUUUUUCUAUGGGCAAAAAGUAUAGGCAAAAGCCAGUAAGAGUUUCUUGACUCAUUGGUCAGCAGGAAGGAGACCUUGGCUGUUACUCCAGGUGCCUGUACUUGUCCCAGCACAUUAGCAUUCCUUUCAAAAAGCACAAGUUUCUGCUUAUCUCGGGCCUCCAGGAGGAAGGUCCCAUGUGCACAUUCUCACUUGCAACUAAUCUGGGGGAAUGCCCCAACCCUCCUACCUCUCUGUGCCUUUCUAGAAAGGUGGUCUCUUGGGCUUCAUGGCCGUGGCUGAUAGCAAUACUGUAGGAUUCAUAUGCCUUUACAAUACGUUGACUAUAAUUAAACUGAUUUGAUUACUGUCGUAA